AGUGAGGUCAUUUCCUAAAGUUUCUUACACCCAUAAAUAUUCUCGAACUCUCUAAUAAUUAUUAUCUUUUAGUUUUCUGUUUUUCACAAUUUAGAAAUUUCUCCUCCUAAAUAAAUUUGAUGUUCAAUUUAGAAGACAUGGAGUGGAACUGGCUGAAGGAUUUCUUGAGAGGAAUGAUAAAGCCAAUUGCAGCACUUGCAGUUGUAUUUAUGGCUGUAGCUUUGUCUUAUGUACAGAAACUGGGAUUGGAAGGUGAAAUGAUUUACUCAGUUUUCAGAGCUUUUGUUCAACUAUCCAUUAUUGGUUUUGUUCUUCAAUUCAUUUUCAGUCAGAAGAAUGCUGGUUGGAUCAUUCUUGCUUAUCUAUUCAUGGUUACUAUUGCUGGUUAUACGGCAGGACAACGUGCCAAACAUGUACCAAGGGGAAAAUAUAUAGCAGGAGUUUCCAUUCUUACUGGAACUGCUAUCACUAUGUUUUUAUUGGUAAUUUUGAAUGUUUUCCCUUUCACUCCUCGCUACAUCAUCCCCGUCGCGGGGAUGAUGGUUGGCAAUUCAAUGACAGUCACUGGCGUUACAAUGAAAAAACUUCGCGAUGACAUCAAGAUACAAAUGGCCCUGGUAGAGACAGCCUUGGCUCUAGGGGCAACGCCAAGACAAGCAACAAUUCAACAAGUGAAAAGAUCGUUGGUUAUUGCUUUAUCUCCUGUGUUGGACAAUGCAAAAACAGUUGGUCUAAUAUCGCUUCCAGGUGCAAUGACAGGACUUAUAAUGGGAGGAGCAUCUCCUCUUGAGGCAAUUCAAUUGCAAAUUGUAGUAAUGAAUAUGCUUAUUGGAGCUUCUACUGUUAGUAGUAUCUUCUCGACGUAUCUAUCUUGGCCCUCAUUCUUCACAAAAGCUUACCAGUUAGAAACCAAGGUUUUCUCUUCAGAGUGAAAGUCAUUUUUCCUGUUUUUGCUCUGUUGGUCAAUCUCUCAUUUCAGUCGAAGAACUAAGUCCCUUUUUAAUAGAUUUUAGAGUUGACAACAAAUACCUUGUCAAAUGUUGCCUCUAAUGUUAUUUUCUUGGAUGAAAAACUGAAGCUUGCUACAGAUUUCUUGUUUAGAGAUAAGGUCCAUCAGAAAAAGCCUCCCAAGAUAGAGAUAAGGUCUGCGUAUACAACUAUAUAUUAUCUUCCCCAAACUCCACUUUUGGAAACUUACUGGGUUUGUUGUUGUUACUACAGAUUUAUUGUGCGUA